GAAAAUGGCUAGUUCAGAGCUGAAUUUCAACAACACGUACGAGAGAAUAGUGGUGCUGGUGGACAUGGAUUGUUUCUACUGCCAAGUGGAGGAGAAACUCAAUCCCGAACUCAGAGGAAAGCCAAUGGCGGUGGUUCAGUAUAAUAACUGGAUGGGAGGCGGCAUCAUUGCGGUGAACUAUCCGGCGAGAGCGAGAGGUGUCACACGCCACAUGCGCGGCGACGAGGCUCGGAAGCACUGUCCGGAGAUUGAGCUCGUCCGGGUGCCUGCAGUGCGAGGGAAGGCGGAUCUCACGAAGUACCGCGAGGCUGGGAAGGAUGUGGCUCGAGUGUUGCAAUCCUUCACGGCCAAUUUGGAGCGGGCGAGCGUGGAUGAGGCGUAUCUGGACAUCAGCAGCAACGUGCUGGAGAGAAUGAAGGAGAUGGACAAAAGAGAGUACUUCAUAAAGCCUGAGAAUGUUACCAACACCUUCGCCGUGGGGCACAAAUCCUUUGGGGAAUUCGUCAAGAGUCUCUCCGCCAGGAUGUCUACUGGCGAGGACUCUGAAAGUGAAGAAAUGGAGGAUUUCCGGGCGGCAAAUGCUUCUUGUCGCUCUGAAGAGCAGGAUGUUAAGAGGAGAAACGAGCUGAAGCUCUUGGUGGCAGCCACAAUAGUGAAUGACAUCCGACGGGAGGUGAAGGAGGUCACGGGCUACGAGUGCUCUGCUGGGCUGGCGCACAAUAAGAUUCUGGCUAAGUUGGUGGCGGGAUUGAACAAGCCCAACAAGCAGACGAUCAUCAGCAUCGACGCCGUGCAGACGCUUUUCGAGCAGAUGCCCAUCCUGAAGGUCAGAGGCCUGGGCGGGAAGUUCGGCGAGAUUGUGUGCCAGAAGCUGAACGUGAAGUUCAUGGGAGAUCUGCUGGAGUUCUCGGAGAGCGAGCUCCGGAAGGCGUUCAACGACAAGGACGGCACGUGGCUGUACUAUCUGGCCAGAGGAGUGGAUCUGGAGCCCGUGGUGACGCGUCUGAUCUCUAAGAGCAUCGGCUGCUGCAAGAAGUUCCCAGGAAAGGGCGCGAUAACGGGCGUGAAGACGCUCACGCAUUGGCUCACGGAAUUGGCUGCAGAAGUCGUGGAUCGCCUGGAGAAGGAUCAAGAGGAGAACAGCCGCCGAGGGAAGCUCCUGACGGUGAGCUACACGCAAGCCAUUGGCGGAGAGGACAUCGCCAGCUCCCGGAGUGUGCAAUUGGACGUGUACGAUGCUCAGAAGAUGGCUGAAGACGCAUUCGAGGUGAUGAAGAAGAACACAGAUGUAUUUUACCAGGUGGAGAAUCCGUCAAAGGUCAACAAUCCAAUCAAAUUGCUGGGAUUGAGCGUGAGUAAGUUCGAGAAGAAUCCCCUGCCGAAGAAGAAUAUCAUCCAGGAGAUAUUCAAGAAGCAGGAAAGCAAGAAAAAUGAUGAGGAAAAGGGGUUCUUUCAGCAGUUUGUGAGUGAAGAGACAGCGGAAGAAAAGAGUCCUCAGCCCUCAACGUCGAAGAUCGAAGAGAAAACACCCGAGAAGAACGAUUCGGGGAACAGCGAUGGGUUUUUCAGUGAACUCUUGGAAAAGGAGGCGAAGAGCUUCUUGGAAAAUUCACCGCAAGCUUCAACAUCUGCCCAAAAGACUCCAGAAAGCAAGUCUGAGGCGAUCUACGAAGCUUCCACGCCGGAGUACAAGAAGACCUACGCGGAAUUCGCAAAGCCGCAACUGCCGGAUGAAUUCAUGACCGUUUGCGAGAAGUGCAACAUGCGGAUUUCUCAGUUUGAGGCGGAAUCUCACGCUGACUUCCACUUUGCGCUGCAGCUGAGUCAGGAGCAGAGAACGGAAUUCCGCCAGAAGGUGAAAGACAAGUUGACGUCUUCGCAGCCCGCAGCCAAGAAGAUGCGAGUGACCAAGACAGCUCCUGCUGUGCCAACAAUGAAGACAUUCCUCAGCAGUGUUGAGGUCAAGAGCGAAGGCAGAGCCACUGAACAGUGUCCGAAGUGCGGAAUUCAGGUGCCUCUCGAGGAGUCUGUCAGUCACUCAGAUUACCACAUGGCGAAAGAGUUGCAGAUGCAGAUGAACAAACACGAGACGACUUCUCAGUCUUCCCAGAAACCGACUCAAGCAUCCCAGAAGGGUAAAGGGAAGAAAUCCGCAGCGAAAGAGCCCAAAAUGCACAGCAUUUCCAGCUACUUUUCAAACAAAUCGUGA